AGAAGAUCCAAAGCAAUGGCAAGAACAAAGCAAACAGCUAGAAAAUCCACCGGAGGAAAGGCACCAAGGAAGCAGUUGGCCACUAAAGCCGCUAGGAAAUCAGCUCCGGCCACCGGAGGAGUGAAGAAGCCUCACCGUUUCCGUCCAGGAACAGUGGCUCUUCGUGAGAUCCGUAAGUACCAGAAGAGUACUGAGCUUUUGAUCCGAAAGCUACCUUUUCAAAGACUUGUCAGAGAAAUUGCACAGGAUUUCAAGACGGAUUUGAGAUUUCAGAGCAGUGCUGUGGCUGCACUUCAGGAGGCGGCUGAGGCUUACUUGGUGGGUCUCUUUGAGGAUACUAAUUUGUGUGCAAUUCAUGCUAAAAGAGUUACGAUUAUGCCUAAGGAUAUGCAAUUGGCUAGGCGUAUUAGGGGUGAAAGGGCUACGAGAAGUUCUAAAGCAAUGGCAAGAACAAAGCAAACAGCACGAAAAUCCACCGGAGGAAAGGCACCAAGGAAGCAAUUGGCCACUAAAGCCGCUAGGAAAUCGGCUCCGGCCACCGGAGGAGUGAAGAAGCCUCACCGUUUCCGUCCAGGAACAGUGGCUCUCCGUGAGAUCCGUAAGUACCAGAAGAGUACUGAGCUUUUGAUCCGAAAGCUACCUUUUCAAAGACUUGUAAGAGAAAUUGCACAGGAUUUCAAGACGGAUUUGAGAUUCCAGAGCAGUGCUGUGGCUGCACUUCAGGAAGCGGCUGAAGCUUAUUUGGUGGGUCUCUUUGAGGAUACCAAUUUGUGUGCCAUUCAUGCUAAGAGAGUUACAAUUAUGCCUAAGGAUAUGCAAUUGGCUAGGCGUAUUAGAGGUGAAAGGGCUUAAUCUAGUGCUUGUUUCUGUUUUCUGGGUUAGUGUAGUUGCCAGUUGGUUUUUGAUGGAAAUGAAAAUCAAAAGUUCCUCUAAUUCUCUUGUUUUCAUGUACAAUUGAAAUUUGAUGUUGUUCAUCUAGAAUGACAAAAAAUGAAAUAUCUAGUAGUUUCUUCCAUUUUA